AUUAAAGGAACCCAUUUCCAACCCAUCUUCCUCGGGAAGGCCUAAAAUGGCGGAAACGCGGCUAUUUUUGCUGGUAUUUCUCUUGCUCCGUCUACUGUCUUCCACCGUUUCAGAAAUCAUUUUUGAGGAGCGAUUCGAAGAUGGCUGGGAGAAUCGUUGGGUCAAGUCAGACUGGAAAAGGGCUGAAGGGAAAGCGGGGUCAUUUAAGCACACUGCAGGAAAGUGGUCUGGUGAUCCUGACGAUAAAGGUCUUCAGACGUAUACUGAUGCUAGGCAUUUUGCCAUAUCCGCACAAAUACCGGAGUUCAGCAACAAGAACAGAACUCUGGUGCUCCAAUAUUCUAUAAAAUUUGAGCAGGAAAUCGAAUGUGGUGGUGGUUACAUAAAACUUCUUUCAAGUUAUGUCAAUCAGAAGAAAUUUGGUGGCGAUACUCCCUACAGCGUAAUGUUUGGGCCGGAUUUAUGUGGGUCACAAACAAAAAAGCUCCAUGUUAUACUUUCCUACCAAGGCCAAAACUAUCCUAUCAAGAAGGAUUUACAAUGUGAAAAUGACAAGUUGACGCAUGUCUACACAUUUAUUCUUAGGCCAGAUGCAACUUACAGUGUCUUAGUUGACAACCGAGAGAGAGAAUCUGGAAGCAUGUACACUGAUUGGGAUAUUCUUCCUCCUCGGAAAAUCAAAGAGGUCAAUGCCAAAAAGCCCAAGGACUGGGAUGAUAGGGAGUAUAUUGAUGACCCUAAUCAUGUCAAACCAGAGGGAUACGAUUCUAUCCCAAGAGAAAUUCCUGAUCCAAAGGCUAAAAAGCCUGAUACCUGGGAUGAAGAUGAAGAUGGAAUAUGGAGACCGCCAAAGAUCCCAAAUCCAAAGUACAAGGGACCAUGGAAGCCCAAGAGGAUCAAGAAUCCAAACUAUCAAGGGAAGUGGAAGAUCCCAUGGAUUGAUAACCCAGAGUUUGAAGAUGACCCUGACCUUUAUGUGCUGAAGCCACUGAGAUAUGUAGGCAUUGAAGUUUGGCAGGUGAAGGCUGGUUCUGUUUACGACAAUAUUCUGAUUUGCGAUGAUCCAGAGUAUGCAAAACAGGUUGUGGAGGAGACAUGGGCCAAAAAUAAGGAGGCUGAGAAGGAGGCCUUUGAGGAAGCAGAGAAAGUGAGACGGGCUCAAGAAGAAGAGGAAUCUCGAAGGGCGAGAGAGGAAGGUGAACGGCGGAGAAAGGAGAGGGGUCGUGACCGGUAUUACCGAGAUAAGGAGCGCUACAAGGAUAGAUACAGAAGGCGCCCCGACUACAUGGACGAUGAUUACCACGAUGAAUUAUGAGUUCUGUAGCUGCCUCUCUUUGGAGUCGAGAUUUUUCUAGCUGUGUUAUAUUCACAGCAUUUUGCUUGUGAUGUAGUGAAAACUGUACUUCUUACUUCAUGUUGUAAUAUGAUGUCAUGUGUCUGUUCUCAUUGUCAUAUUCAGGUCUGUAAUUAGACUGGGUACUCCAAUGGGCCUUUACGGCCCUGCCCAUUUCUGUUCAGGCAUCGGUUCUGCUUCAAGGAAAUUUGGGCUGGCCCGUGUCUUGGACGAUAGAGCUAGGGCACUUUCUUCCCUUUUCUACAAUAUUUUGAAUGCUCCUGAAAGAAAAUAAGAGGCAUUUUCUUGUGAA